AUGUGCCAUGCAUAUAAGAGCUACAUUAAACGAUUAUGUUAUCAGAUUAAAAUGAGUCUGAUACUCUGCUCAGUAUACAUUAUUCCGUAUAAUUCACAGGUUGUUAUGUUUGAUUAUAGAAAUGCAUUUUCUAAUCCUUUGGUUGUGCGGCUUAUGGAAAGAUCUAAACUAAUUCAUUUGAAAAAUCAAUUACGUCAAGUCACAAAUAUUAAUAGGAGCAUUAUAGAGAUAUCUUUCAACCGGACUACCAUCAACGAAAAUGGAGUCUUGAUGCAGCAUAUUAUAAAGUUAGUUACAAAUACAGAUGUAUUUAACAUGUUUGAGGAUUUUCGAAUUGGUGUUAAUAAAACACCAUUUGAGUUGUACGUCAGAUUCAGUAGAUCAGCCGAUGAGGUUUUAUCAUUGUGUACAAAACCGUGUAAUUUACAAUAUUCGUAA